AUGGGCGACGCAAAGUCAGUGACGUCAAACACAUCGAGCGGAAAGCGAAAGAGGAGUGCGGGGCCUACUUUCUACGCCGUAAGGGUUGGUCAAACGCCAGGCGUAUACUACAGCUGGCGUGACUGCGAGGCACAGACCAAAGGCACAAAAGCCGAAUACAGAAAGUUCGAUUCACUUACCGACGCAGAAGCUUUCGUAAAAAGCGCACACAAGUCUGCAGCCAAGUCAGGAAAGGCAAAAUUCUAUGGUGUAGCCAUCGGGCACGUUCCUGGCGUAUACACAGAUUGGCCGUCGACACAAGCGCAGAUCAAGGGCUGCAGUGGUGGGCUCCAGCAAAGCUUUGCCACACGCGAAGAAGCCCAGACCUUUGUCAACGAGCACAGACGAGAUCACAGCGUACCCAUCAGCUUGCGAGGUGACCUGUCUGAGGCACCAUCUGCAGUCGACCAGGAUGGCAGAACCAGUGAAAACGUGUUGAAGAAGCACAAGAAGAACAAUGGACAGGCAACAGCGGGCAUCCCUAAUGACAAUGUCACGUAUGAGCCCGGGAUGGGGCCAUUGCCCGAUGGAGCUGAAGACGGCUUCGACCGCACACUGAAGAUAGAUCUCGAGAGUGGUGCCAUAAGACACAAGACCGAGUCCGAGCUGAUGGCCAUGAAGAAGCAACCGACUGGCGAUUUCACGGGACAAGUCGUCGUCUACACCGACGGCAGCGCACUGGGAAAUGGUCAAACUGGAGCAGUGGCUGGUGUUGGCGUCUACUUUGGCCCAAACGACAAGAGGAAUGUUUCUGAGCCACUGCGGGGGUCGAAACAGACGAACCAGCGUGCCGAACUGACUGCUAUCGCCCGAGCACUCGAUCAUGCUCCUAUCGAUCGGGACAUCUUGAUCUGCACCGACUCAUAUUACUCAAUACGGUGCAUCACAGAGUGGUCUCCGAAGUGGCUGAGAAAUGGUUGGAAAAACUCGGCUGGGAAAGAUGUUGAAAACAGGGACCUUGUAGAGCCCAUCGUAUCCAGAGUAUGUGAGAGGGAAGCAUGCAAGGCGAAAACAAACUUCAAGUGGAUCAAGGGGCACGCCAAUAAUCCAGGCAACGUUGCAGCUGACCAGCUGGCUGUGAACGGCUCAAGACAUAGCACACCAGAGCUGAGAGGUCAAAUCGAGUUCUCAACCACGCUGAUAAGCCCCAUCAAGACGAGGGAGGAGUGGGAGCAAGUCAAAAAGCAAGAACGAGAGGACAGGGAAGAAGACGAGAUUUUUGACACUUUCUCCGCCGAGCAAUUCAUGAACCAGGCCUCGCCACACUUCACCGCUGCCAACGUCUCAGCUCAGACUGCGGCUGACGAGAGCGCACCGCCACAACAAUCAGUUGGUGCAGGAGCGGGCUUCGGAAGAGCGUUUUUGAACGGUAUCUAA